GUAUAUAACCUUAUAUACAGUGUAAUAGUAAAAACAGAGAGAAUUUAUACAAUAAACAUUGUUUAAAAAUUUAACAUGGAAGUUUUGAACGAAUGUUCAGCAUACUUGAGCAAUUAUGAAGUCCUGGAUAUAUUGCAGAAUAUAAAAGCUAAUAAAAGACAAAAAAUGAAACAGAAUCAGUUAGCAACAAUAACAUAUCAGACUAUAAGAUAUUUGGAAGAGACUCCAUGUAAAAAGCAAUCACCUGAGAAAAUUAAGGGUUUCUUAAAAGCGCUAGAACCAUUUAAAUUAUCGAAAUGCGAGAAACUGACCCUUCUUAACGUGUCCCCAAAGACGCCUCUAGAAAUACAAUUG